AUGUUCUCAGUGUGUGUUGUUGUAGCUGCUUUGGCGGCCGCGUGCCAAGCGGGAGUUAUCGGGGGCGGCGUCUACGGAGGCGGCGUCUACGGGGGCGGCGUGGAGGCGUACGGCCACGGCCACGCCGAAGACUACUACGCUUAUCCCAAGUACGAGUUCAACUACGGCGUCCAGGACGGCCACACCGGCGACCACAAGACCCAGCACGAGGUGCGCGACGGCGACGUCGUCAAGGGUUCCUACUCGCUGGUGGAGCCCGAUGGUAGCGUGAGGACCGUGCACUACACCGCCGACGACCAUAAUGGGUUCAACGCCGUGGUCAGCAAGUCCGGGCACGCCGCGCAUCCAGCUCCGGUCGCUCUUGGCCAUGGCCUUCACUACUGAUCUCUUGUCGACUGUUCUUGUACAUACCUCAUUCACUUGAUUUUUCUUGUGCACUUUCUUUGUACAUGCCAUAUUUAUUUUUGUAAUUAAAAGUGGUGCUCUCACA